GAUGAGCGUGUAAUGCAUCAGACUAGAGUGAUCACAUGAAAACAGUGUAACAGCUGCUAAAUUGCUGUAUGAUUUCCUCACAGCUCACUUGAAAAAGCUGAUGUCUGAUGAGAAAUGCUCAGCGGAGAAGGUGACUGAGAUGGAGGAUGUCAUCACUCAGAUGGAUAACUACACUCAGCAGGAGCUGGCUGAUCUGUUUGUGAAAUACAACGUCAAGUCUCCCUCCACAGGAAAUGACCUCACACCUCCCACCUCCUUCAACUUGAUGUUUCAGACGUCCAUCGGUCCAGGAGGGAACAUGCCUGGCUAUUUGAGACCUGAAACAGCUCAGGGGAUGUUCCUCAACUUUAAGCGUCUGUUGGAGUUCAACCAGGGAAAACUUCCCUUCGGUGCCGCUCAGAUCGGAAACUCCUUCAGGAACGAAAUCUCUCCUCGCUCUGGACUCAUUCGUGUUAGGGAGUUCACCAUGGCUGAGAUCGAGCAUUUUGUGGAUCCAAAUGAAAAAGUCCACCCUAAGUUCUCCAAUGUGGCCGACCUGGAGAUCACGCUGUUCUCCUCUAAGGCUCAGACCAGUGGACAGUCCGCACAAAUCAUGAGGCUGGGAGACGCUGUGGAGCAGGGAGUGAUCAACAACUCCGUUCUGGGCUACUUCAUUGGAAGAAUCUACCUGUAUCUGAUUAAAGUGGGGCUCUCCAAAGAUAAAGUGCGUUUCCGUCAGCACAUGGACAACGAGAUGGCUCAUUACGCCUGCGACUGCUGGGAUGCCGAGUCCAAAACCUCCUAUGGAUGGAUUGAGACCGUGGGCUGCGCCGAUCGCUCCUGUUACGACCUUUCAUGUCACUCCAGAGCCACUAAAGUCCCUCUAGUGGCAGAAAAGCCGCUGAAAGAACCCAAAACAGUAAAUGUUGUCCAGUUUGAGCCCAACAAAGGAGCCAUAGGAAUGGCCUACAAGAAAGACGCCAAGCUGGCUCUGGAGUAUCUAGCUGUGUGUGAUGAAUGUUACAUCAGUGAUCAGGAGAAGCUUCUCAGUGAAAAAGGAGAGUUCAGCUUCGAGACGGAGGGCAAAACCUUCACACUGACCAAAGACAUGGUCAGUGUGAGGAGGUUCCAGAAAAGCCUGCAUGUGCAGGAGAUUGUUCCCAAUGUAAUCGAGCCCUCGUUUGGCAUCGGCAGAAUCAUGUACUCCAUCUUCGAGCACUCAUUCCACAUCCGGCAGGGGGAUGAACAGAGGACGUAUUUCAGCUUCCCUGCCACUGUGGCUCCAUACAAAUGUUCCAUCCUGCCUUUGAGCCACAACCAGGAGUUUGUGCCUUUUGUUCACCAGUUAUCUGAAGCCAUGACCAGAAACGGUGUCUCUCACAAGGUGGACGACUCUUCCGGAUCCAUCGGGAGGCGUUACGCGAGAUCGGACGAGAUCGGAGUGGCGUUUGGCAUCACCGUCGACUUCGACACAGUGAACAAGACGCCUCACACAGCGACUCUGAGAGACCGAGACUCGAUGAGGCAAAUCAGGGCCGAGGUCGCUGAGCUGCCUGAGAUUGUUCGAGAUCUGGCUAACGGCACCUUGAUGUGGGCUGAGGUGGAGAGAAAAUACCCGAUCUUUGAAGGACAGGAGACCAGCAGGAAGGAGUAACUAGACUGGGACUCCUCUACAUACAGGGGCCACAUGUCAACAAAGAAUUUACGGUCUGUUGAAACAUAAUACAGUGAUGAAAUAUAGAGCUGCAUCUGAAGAUUCACAUAGACUGAAACAAACUAACACAACAUGCUGCAGGGUUAAUACAGCCCCAAACAGUGUCACCUGAGCAACUGUCCUAACAGCUCCCAGUAGACAUGUAUACUGUGACAGCAGGAAAAACAUACAGCCAUGUAAAGAUUUGUGUUUCAUACGUUUUUUAUACUGUAACCUUUGGUUGACCUUUUCAAAUAAACCACAUACUGUACGACA